AUGAGCAAGAGAAUAAAAGCUUUGAUUAAAAGAGAUGAUAAUUGUUUGGUAUUAAUUUUAAUAAAGAUUAAUCGAAUGUAUUAGCUGGAUGUGGUCAGGACAUUAAAGUAUUUCAAAAUCAAUAAGGGAAAUUGA